AUGUCCAGAGCCAAUGAAGCCAAGGAGGACGAUCGGAACGCGCACUUGGGGCUGCAUGUGGACGACCUGAGCAAAGACGCGCCGCCCAACGCGUUUCUCUUUCCGCGGACGUUUCUGGACAUGCACCUUUUGCACGACAGGGUGGGCGUGUACCCGUUCCUGCCCGCGUACCCUCCGCAGCUCUUGCAAUGGCUGCAGCCAAACCCCAUCACCGAGUCGUGUGCGGGCAAGUUCUGUCUGUCGGCGGCCAUGGGUUACGGCAUGGGCAAUGUCUUUGGACUGGUGUUGGGCAGCUACGAAAGCAUUACGCCGCCUGUGCUACUUCCUGGACAGCGCGAACUGCCCAAAGUUCCGUGGCGCGAGUCGUUGUCGGGGUCGUGGAGAACAACAGCAGGCAAAUGCCGAUACUGGGGCAACAAUUUCAUGAUCAUUUCCGCCAUGUUCUCGGGUCUAGAGUGUGCGUCCGAGAAAAUCCGCGGACGGCACGACGUGGGCAACGAAUUGGCGGCAGGGUGUGCGACGGGUGCAGCGCUGGCAGCAGGUCAGGGCAUACAGGCGCAGUGCCUCGGCUGCGUGGGCUUUGCUGCAUUUUCGUAUGCGAUCAAUGUGUUUACAGGUGGCAAGUUCUAG